ACAAAGCUUCAGUUUAUGUAUACCUUCUUUGCCAUGUCCGACAAGAUAAAAGGGGGAAAAAUAAACAAAAAUACUUUCAUAAUUUCAGACAUCAAGCUCUGCACCGUCGGAUACUCUCGGCGGCCCUUCGAUGCCGAAGAUGGUCGGACAAUCUCCAAUAAAAUCGAUAUAUUCAGAGCCAUUUUGAAGGCAUCGACUCGAUGAACUUCUACCAGGCUCCCAUAAAGCACAGAAGUGCUGCCAAUCGUUCGACGACUUCGAUUGGAUCCAAAUCAGCCCCUUCAUCGCUCCGAAAUGGAAACUCAACACGACGGAACGGUGGAGUGGGAAAUCCAACAUGGUGGAGCGAUGGAGGGGAAAUGGGAGCUCAUCACAAAGGACUCCAUUUCUAUUCACUCUUUUCCAGCAGUCUGGCAGCAUGCAACAUAAACCGGUAAAAUUUAAACGCCCAAAAGGACCUUUUGAAAUGGUAAACUUUAAUAAGGUUCUCUAUGAAUAAACAAUAAUUUUUAAAUUGAAAGUGUGGCCAAAUAGUUGGAAUAUAAUAUUCCUAAGUUAUAAAAAUGCUAUAGAAUCUUUAAAGAAAAUGGAAAUACUAUAAAAUAAUCCAGCAAAAUCUGCUCAUAAAAUAAAAGUAAAUAAACUAUUUUAAAUGAAUGUAACUGAGGUAGACUUCAAGGACGACUACGAACACCCAGAUGAUCUGGAGUACAUAUUGGAAUCGGUGUUGAUGUCCAACGAUGGAAGUGCAGAGUUUCAAAGUCUGGAAGAGAAGUACAAUUCGGUGCUUCUGAACCAAUGCCAAUGCAAAGGAUCCUGCGAUAAUAUAGAAAACUGUCCACAUGGCGGUCAGUAUAUGUACGGACCGGAUGGAAAGGAGUUGCUCCUUUGGAACAGCGAGGCCUCUCCAAAACCGGUCAUAGAAUGCAACCCAUUGUGCGAGUGUAGUAGGAACUCCUGCUCCAAUCGUCUGGUGCAGUAUGGACCAAGAAGGAAUCUGGAAGUAUUCGAUUCUCCGAUUUACGGAUCAAAAGGACUACGCAGUAAAGUAAAUAUACCCUGCCGGGUCUUUAUCUGUGAAUACGCAGGCGAACUAUUGACCAAAUCCGAGGCAAAGCGUCGCCUGGAAGCGAAUGAGGCGCUCGGGCUGAUGAACUAUGUCCUGGUACUGAAUGAAUACACCAGCAAUGAGAAGCAACAGGUGACCAUUGUGGACCCCUCUCGUCGGGGGAACAUCGGACGCUAUCUGAACCACAGCUGUGAACCCAACUGCCAGAUAGCAGCGGUACGAAUAGACUGUCCCAUACCGAAAAUAGGCAUCUUUGCUGCCCGCGAUAUUAAGGCCCAGGAGGAGUUGUGCUUUCAUUACGGAGGAGAGGGGCAGUAUGUGAACACGAAAAAUGGAAAGACUUGCCUAUGCGCUGCUCCUAAUUGCACGGGUUACAUGCCCAACACUGAAAUUGAUUAAAGGAUAUAGAUAAAGUUUUCAAAUAACAA